GGGACCGGGGACGGUGCGGGGGGUGUAACGAUAGCUCGCCUGGGAGGGCAGGAGAGCGGCGUUGCAAUGGGCUGCGGCAUCUCCAGAGAGGUUUCCAUUCAACCGCAGGACGGCGCAGAUGACAACCUGGAAAGAAAACGAAAGAUUAAGAACAAUAGGAGAAGCAGCAAAUUGAAUGUAGCUGAUGAUUUUCAUAGAUCGAGAAUAUCAGAGGAGGAGUUAAUAACGUUACCCGGAGCAGUGCAGCAGUCCUUGCCACCUUUAAGAAAAACAAAUGGGACCGUGCUGCGAAAUGGAUUUAAUGAUGAUUUAGCACUUACCGCGAGCAGCUUACUGAAGAAGAAUGGGCCAAUAAAUGAAAUCAGGGAGAGACCGAGAUCUGCCGAGAUUCUGCAAGAACUUCUCGUUCAAGGGAUCCUAAAUCAGUCUCACAAUGAGGACUGGCACGAGGUCCACACUAUACUGUUUGAUGUGAAGUCCACUGAAGGCGUCCUGAAGAAGUUACCAUCCCGACUCGAUAAGUUAAGGAUCGAGACAACAAAGCAGGACAACGUAACGAUAGAGGAAAUAGAAAAUAAAAUGAUGACAACUGACGACAGAAGGAAGAUGAAAGAAGUCAAGUUAAAGGAAAGACUGAAUAAGUUUAAUUCUUCAGUGUUGACGAUGGAUGGCCAAUCGACUGAAAUGCCGCCAGUUCCCGAACAUGCGACCUUGGAGGAAAUUGUUGAGAAGAUAACCGUCCAGCAGAAGGAAUUCCAGCAAGAAUUGCAGGAGGGGCCGAAGGGAAAAGACAGGAAUGACCAGCUGGAUGGUAGAGCGGAACCUAACCAGCAAGAGAGCAAGGCUAAUUGUGAAGAUUUGGAAUUGGACGAUCGCUAUUAUUUGACGGCACCACCGGCUGAAGAAAUAACUGUGAACAAAAGCUGAACGCACUUCACAAAUCCUGUAUCAAUUGCCAAGUGACUUGCUUGUUAGUGUCUGCAGAGGGUGGGGG